CUUUUUCUUUUCGUCCUUUAACAGGUUUCAACAGACCUCUUCGAGAUGCCGUCUCAGAUGGAGCAUGCCAUGGAAACCAUGAUGCUUACAUUUCACAGAUUUGCUGGGGACAAAGACUACUUAACAAAGGAGGACCUCAGAGUGCUCAUGGAAAGGGAGUUCCCUGGGUUUUUGGAAAAUCAAAAGGACCCCCUGGCUGUGGACAAAAUAAUGAAGGACCUGGACCAGUGUAGAGAUGGCAAAGUGGGCUUCCAGAGCUUUCUGUCGCUGGUUGCAGGGCUCAUCAUUGCAUGCAAUGACUAUUUUGUAGUACACAUGAAGCAGAAGGGGAAGAAGUAAGCCACACGGAGCCCUGGUCCUCCUUCCCACAGGGUCCCUUGAGGAACCUGCCUCACUGCUCCUGAGGAGCAGAUCAGGACCCUCAGGAAAUGUGCAAAUAACAUCCAACUCCAAUUCGACAAGCAGAGAAAGAAAAAUUAAUUCAGUGACAAAGAAGCUUUGGGUUUUUAUAUUGCUUGCAUCCUGCUGCCCUGCCCUCAAUAAAGAGAGUCUUUUUUUUUUUUAAA